UGGCGGAGGCCGAGUCAGUGUCAGUCAGGGAGGCGGGCUGCUGAGCACCGGGUGGGGACGCUCCGUUGCAAUCUCUCCCAGGGGCCGGUGCCUGCGCUCGUGCCGUCGGGUGGGAAGGAUGAAGCCGCAGCUGGAGCAGCCACCCUAUGAUUGGCUGUGGCUCUUGUGAACCCGAAGUAAAGAUGGCGGGCGGGCAGGCAGCCGCUGCACUGCCCACUUGGAAGAUGGCGGCGCGCCGCAGCCUCAGCGCCCGCGGCCGGGGGGUCCUGCAGGCGGCGGGGCGGCUGCUGCCGUUGCUACUGCUGAGCUGCUGCUGCGGCGCGGGCGGCUGCGCAGCGGCGGGCGAGAACGAGGAGACGGUGAUCAUCGGGUUGCGGCUAGAGGACACGAACGACGUGUCGUUCAUGGAAGGGGGGGCGCUGCGGGUGAGCGAACGGACCCGGGUCAAGCUGCGGGUGUACGGGCAGAACAUCAACAACGAGACGUGGUCCCGCAUCGCCUUCACCGAGCACGAGCGGCGGCGCCACAAUCCCGGCGAGCGCGGGCUUGGGGGUCCCGCGCCUCCAGAGCCGGACAGCGGCCCCCAGCGCUGCGGCAUCCGCACCUCAGAUAUCAUCAUCUUGCCCCAUAUCAUUCUCAACCGCCGUACAUCGGGCAUCAUUGAGAUCGAGAUCAAGCCGCUGCGCAAGAUGGAGAAGAGCAAGUCCUAUUACCUGUGCACGUCGCUCUCCACGCCUGCCCUGGGCGCCGGUGGCCCGGGGUCCGCGGGUGGCGCUGUCGGGGGCAAGGGCGGCUCCGGGGUGGCCGGGCUCCCGCCGCCCCCGUGGGCCGAGACCACAUGGAUUUACCACGACGGCGAGGACACCAAGAUGAUCGUGGGCGAGGAGAAGAAGUUCCUGCUGCCCUUCUGGCUGCAGGUGAUCUUCAUUUCGCUGCUCCUGUGCCUGUCCGGCAUGUUCAGCGGCCUCAACCUGGGACUCAUGGCCCUGGACCCAAUGGAGCUGCGCAUCGUGCAGAACUGCGGCACGGAGAAGGAGAAGAAUUACGCCAAGCGCAUCGAGCCCGUGCGCAGGCAGGGCAACUACCUGCUGUGCUCGCUGCUGCUGGGCAACGUGCUGGUCAACACCACGCUCACCAUCCUGCUCGACGACAUCGCCGGCUCCGGCCUCGUGGCGGUGGUGGUCUCCACCAUCGGCAUCGUCAUCUUCGGGGAGAUCGUGCCCCAGGCCAUCUGCUCCCGACACGGCCUGGCUGUAGGAGCCAACACCAUCUUCCUCACCAAGUUUUUUAUGAUGAUGACCUUCCCCGCUUCUUAUCCGGUCAGCAAACUGCUGGACUGCGUCCUGGGCCAGGAGAUAGGCACGGUCUAUAACCGGGAGAAACUGCUGGAGAUGCUCCGGGUCACCGACCCUUACAACGACCUCGUUAAAGAGGAGCUGAACAUCAUCCAAGGGGCGCUGGAGCUCCGCACCAAGACGGUGGAGGACGUGAUGACUCCGCUCCGGGAUUGCUUCAUGAUCACCGGCGAAGCCAUUCUGGACUUCAACACCAUGUCAGAGAUCAUGGAGAGCGGCUACACUCGCAUUCCGGUGUUUGAGGGGGAGCGCUCCAACAUCGUGGACCUCCUCUUUGUCAAAGACUUGGCCUUCGUGGAUCCAGAUGACUGUACUCCCCUGAAAACCAUCACUAAAUUUUAUAAUCACCCCUUGCACUUUGUUUUCAAUGACACCAAGUUGGACGCUAUGCUGGAAGAAUUUAAGAAAGGUAAAUCUCACCUGGCCAUCGUGCAGCGAGUAAACAACGAGGGCGAGGGGGACCCGUUUUAUGAAGUUCUGGGCAUUGUCACGUUGGAAGACGUGAUCGAAGAGAUCAUCAAAUCUGAGAUUCUAGAUGAAACAGAUUUAUACACUGAUAACAGAACGAAAAAGAAAGUGGCCCAUCGUGAAAGAAAGCAAGAUUUUUCUGCCUUUAAGCAGACAGACAGCGAGAUGAAGGUUAAAAUAUCACCACAGCUUCUCUUGGCCAUGCACCGUUUCCUAGCAACAGAAGUAGAAGCAUUUAGCCCAUCCCAGAUGUCAGAGAAGAUCCUUCUAAGGCUGCUAAAGCACCCCAAUGUCAUCCAGGAACUGAAGUAUGAUGAGAAGAACAAGAAAGCCCCAGAAUACUACCUCUACCAGCGAAACAAACCUGUAGACUACUUCGUUCUCAUUUUGCAGGGGAAAGUGGAAGUAGAAGCUGGGAAAGAAGGUAUGAAGUUUGAAGCCAGUGCUUUUUCAUACUAUGGUGUAAUGGCCCUGACAGCCUCUCCAGGUGAAAACAAGUCACCUCCUCGCCCAUGUGGCUUGAAUCACUCAGACUCUCUCAGUCGAAGUGACCGGAUUGACGCAAUGACACCGACGCUGGGGAGCAGCAAUAACCAGCUCAAUUCUUCAUUCCUCCAAGUCUACGUCCCAGAUUACUCAGUGCGAGCCCUUUCUGAUCUGCAGUUUGUUAAGAUCUCAAGACAGCAAUACCAAAAUGCCUUGAUGGCAUCCCGGAUGGACAAAACUCCUCAGUCUUCAGACAGUGAAAACACUAAAAUUGAAUUGACUCUUACGGAGCUGCACGAUGGGUUGCCAGACGAGACGGCCAACCUGCUCAAUGAGCAGAACUGUGUGACGCACGCCAAGGCCAAUCACAGCCUGCACAACGAGGGCGCCAUCUAGGGGCGCCCCGCCGGCCCGCACCUUCCCACCCCCGAGGCCCCGGCCGGGCUGCUCGGCCUGCGCCUCCAUCUGACCAUGAAUCCCAUUAGUGUGAGCUUGUGUGCCAUGCUGCAUCCUGCAACAUCCUGAGACCAAAGACUUUGUCCCCUUCCUGGAAGCAGCAGAGGAGGAUGGAGAGGGGGAGGAUGGAAACUAGAGAUGUGAAAUCGACAGCUAGGGCGUGGCGUUCAAGAUCUUGGUGGUGAACUUCUUCCACCCAAAUAGAAUCAUGUUUAUUUUUUCAGCUGUACCUUUUAUCAUUGCUCACUCUCCUCCUUCCUCGAUUUGCAUGAAGUUGAAAAUUAUUGCAAUUUAUUUUUUUUUUUCGAGAGAUCAUGUUUUUAAAAAGUGUCUUUUGCAGAGUUUUAAAUGGUUCUGUCUGAACUCUGCUGUGACCCCAUGAUGUGACCCUCAUAGGAUGGACCUGCCCCUCCGGCGGCCUUUGUUGGCCCUCCCAGGGUGGGGUACCCAUCCUCUGUGCCCCAGUGGGUGUCGCUGUCGAACUUCAAGGAUGAAUGAAGAGAGCCGUGACGCCGCAGACCUGCCGUCUGGCGGCUCUGCGGGGUGGAGUCUGCACAGGGACCUGCGGUUGCCUCUGAGCUCAGUGUCGUUUUAAGUUAGUGUUUAACUGUGCCCCUUUCCCUUAGAAAGGUUUAAUAUUUGCUUGGAAUGUGAUUUUUGCUCCCACUCUAAGGAAUUUUUAUCUCCAAAAUGAAUGUUAAUGAAUUUUAAACCCACGGUUUAUCAUUGGCAAGAGGCGAGUUGACUUCAUCCUGACAUUCCUACAGCCUGGGGUCUUCGGCUCAGCCGGGCCUCCUCCCCGACCCAGUGCCCCAGCCUACAGAGCGUCGUCACCCACCUCCCCAUCCUUGCUCUUGUUAACCCAAGAUGCUGCUACACGGAUGCCAAAUGGAAAUCUUCCACAGGGCUUUUGAGUAAACACGUGGUGUGAAGGUCAAGCUCCGCUUCCCACCGGGAUGGAAGGAAUUGUCAGGAAAGGAUUUGGACCUUCCAGCUGUGCUCUGUGCUCCAUGCCCAGAAGGCAUUUCUAGACCCAUGUAUUCAAAGGAGGGAACUCUGGGGACUGUCGGCCCCACCCCUCCUUCCAGGGAGCCAACUGUCCCUCUUCCCCUCUGUCCCUGGGCCUGUGGGGCCCAGCAGUGGCUGUGUCCCCCGCCCGAGGACCUCCGUGCCUCCCGCCUCAGAUACGGCCCACGCCAGAGAGGCUGCCUGUACAGCCAGGGUCAGUUUGGCCCCAAACAGGGAUUCAGAAACCAAAUGUGUGUCGUGGCCAUUUCAUGUGUGUCUCUGUCUUAUUUUAAUACCAAAUUCAUCACAUGUAGUGAAAUUAAUGUCAGGAGAUACUUCUUGAGUGACUGAAUUCUUAACUAUCUUAUUUGUGUGUUAAGUGUUAGCCCAAGGGAUAUGUGCAUUUUGUUGGCAACGUUCGUACACUGAAAUGACUUUAUACUGACCACCGUUUUCAUAUAGCAUUGUCAGUCCACACUGCACCCAGUCCCUAGCUAAGAAGAGAGCAUCUUCUCCAUUGGGUCUCGCUGAACAGAGGGAAGCCCUGGGGCUGAGCGGCAGUUUUCUCCUCUCUCCUCAAGGUGGAAAUGUGCACCCCGGGCUGGGCUUUGUGGGCGUGGGACCUGUGGUUCGGGAAUAACCAGCAGUGUGCUGGGCUUGCCUCCUGGUGAACAGUUUGCUGGCACCAGUGUCGUAUGCAUGCUUGGCGCAGUAUUUCCUCUGGUAUGUCAGUCCUGGAGUGUCUUCCUCAGAAAGGGUCAGGCCCCUUAGUGAGGGAAGUGCUGGCCUCCCCUGGUAGAGAGGCAGGGAGGUGCCCUUUAAGGGGGCUCAGUGGCCUGCUGCUGGCAUCCAACCUGCCGCCAUGGGAUGCAGCCCUACUGUGUAACUUGACGUUGGUGGCACCCUGCGCCGUGAGUAUCCCCUUUUAGAAACAGAUCCAUCUAAGUUGAAAGGUCUCCAUUUCUUAAGAUGCAUCCAGCUGAGCACAACCCCAGUGUGAUGUGGGAACUGGGACUAUCUGUAGGGUGCGCAGAAAUGAGUUUCCAGAAACGAGGUGAAACCUGGGCCUGGUGGGGGGAGGGGCUUCUCCCCCAACAACCACGCCGCACUCUUGACCCAGACAGCACUUGCCUUCCCUGUGGCCUCGGGGAGCGGUUCGUCUGGCCUUCAGGGGCCUCGACCCAUCCGCCUCUCCUGGCUGAUCUACUUCUCCACAUACAGUUUGUUUCGGGGUGCUUUGCUCCUGCAAGAAGCCUCUGGAAUUGGAAUUAAUGUAUGGAAUCUUUCUCAGAGCCCCACUGUUCCUUCGGGAAUCCUAGAGCUCUGUGAGAGCGGGGGGAGUGGGGAGCGAUUCCAGCUGCUGUCCCUCUGACGUCGGGGAGGAACAGGUAACUUCUCAGUACUGCCUUAUCUCUCAGUGUGGUGGCUUUUUGAAAAGUCCUCUCUGUAAAGGAGAUGGCAGGGGUGGCUUUGCAGUGGGGCUCCCAAAGGAUGAAAUUUUAGCCUCCCAAGUUUAUUUUCUAUAAACCACUCUUUACGUUUGAUUAUUCACACUAUUUUACAACAACAGGGAAUCUAAAACAAUUCCUCUCUGGUCCCUGGAGGAAUGAAGGCUAACAUUUGGCUAUAGUUACAUCUGCUUUGGGGAAAGCUCAAGACCCUUCAAAUAACACUCAGUGUCUGAAUGACCAUGUUCCUCUUCCGGCCCCAUUUCCCUGUGGAAACUAACUCCAGGCUGUUAAAGGAGAAGCGCUGGCUCGAGGCUUCUCUGGGGCAGCAGCAGAAUGAUUUUCCCUUUGAAGGUCUAUGCAGUUCAUGUCUAUAAGUAAAUGGGAGUCAGGCAGAGAAAGUCCAUCAAAUGGUUGAGACCUCGAUAUGCAGUGGCCAAUUCUUAGCACCGCUGGUGGGCUGUCCUCCCUGAGGACUCCUGGCUUGGUAAGCAGGGAGGGGCGUGGCUGUGGAGCAGACACAGGUCCUGGGGUCCUGAAUUCUUAUGGAGCCCUUGUUGUCAGACCCAGGGCCUCACUCCUCUGUGGUGGCCUCUCUAGCCCCAGCUCUGUGGGACCGGACCGGGCCUCCUCCUGCUCCUAAGCAGCCACUCUGGCAUCUCUCGGGUUCCAUCUCAGACCGGACCCCUGGCAGCCAGAUGUCCCCAGGAUCGUCUGCUUUCUCUUAAUGCAGGAGAGGGGCUUUUUUCCUGCUUCCUUGGAGGUCGUCUCCCUUUAUUUCUCUCUGUUCUGUAUUCAUCAGGCAAGUCAUAUAUUUAAACUCUUAGGAAAACAGAACUUUAAGAUUUCCACAUGGAUAUUGGGGUGCUAAUUAACUAGCUUAAGCUUUGGCUCUUACAUAAUUUGAAUUUGAAAGCACACCCCAUUUACCUCUCUUCUUCCCUCCCUCCUCACCUCACUUCUGGAAAAGAGCUCCAUGCCCCUGCUGAUAUGGUUGGCUUCCUCAAGCGGGAGCGAGUAUGGCAUCUUGCCAUUUUCUGAUCUUAGUUCAAGAACUUUUGUGCAAGCAUUGUAUGCAAAACUUCACACUAAAACAGAACAUUAACUGUGAAUAUAUUUACCUGUGCUAUCCCCAGCGCCGUACGACUAAAGGACUGCUUUUACCACUCUAGGAAAAUAGUGGUAGGUACAGGUAGAGCUGCAUUCCCUAGAAAAUAAAGCAACAGGCAUGGAGGCUAAGCAGGGACUGUGAACUUCUGCCCUCAGAUUCUCUCAUGUUGAGGAACAGACCUAAGUAGGCCUUGGCUGGUUGAGCCUGUGUCCUAGCUGGUCAAAAACAAAAACAAAACCCCAUCAUCUUCUGAAAACAAACCAGGGAUCCGUGGCCAUCUUUGCCUCUCCUGGGCCCAGAGACCAGGGUUCCUCAGUGUUCUCCAGGGGUGAUCCCAGGCUGAGGACUCAUCUGGGCUGGCGCAGGAGGUGCUCACCUUGUUCCCUGGGAUUCCAGGCAAGAGGCUGCCAGGGAGGGUUGGCUUGGUGCCAUCACACGACGCAUGCUUCCUGGUGGCAUGGGCAGCAGGCACAGCUCCCCUCUCGGUUCCGACCCCAGAGACAGGGUUUUCUUGCAGGAGUUUGAGGAGAACUCCAAAGCUGAGCUGGCGGGUUAGGGUGUUGAGGCUUCUGUGGCACCUGUGCUCACUUUCUUACUGAGGAUACAGCCUCUUGUCCCGGAUCAGGUUUGAUUCUGUUCUGGAUGGUGGGCUAGUCAGUGGUGCUUCUGUCCAGCAAGAGUGUCUGGGUGAGUUACAGGUUAACCCAGAAUUAGGAGGGAUUUGGAGAGUUCAAUAUGAAGGCGAUUUGGGGAUUCAGAAAUGUUUCCGAUGUAAAUUUAUCAAUGAGCAACCUACUCAGUGGAUUUUUAUACCUCAGGGCCAUUUGCAAAUCUUUAUCUUUUCAUUCUUCUUUUGUAUUCGCGUGGGCUGAUAGGCGAGAUGAGUUCAGAGAAUUCCAAGAUGAUGUUCAUUUGCCUCCACUUGAGGGUGAGUGGGGCACCCAUGCCAAGCUUGCUGAUUUUACCAUUCCCCCAGGCUGUGACAGGGGGACGCCUUCCUCUGCCAUUUGCAGGCCUUCUUCCUGCAGUGAAUGCUUAUGUCCUGAUUUUCCUUCUGCCCUGUCUGAAAAUUCCAGAGCCCCUGGUCAGCCCUAAGGACAAGAGGAGGCGACGCAGUUCUGUCAGCUGCAGAGCUUGCAGGAGCUUUCCUCCCACCAUCUUGAGCUGGGGACCUUCUUCGCUUCUUAGAUCUUUGUGGUUGGCUCAGCUCAAGUAAGCUUUCUCUUUGUCUAUGCUAGAGCCACUGACAUCAUCUCACUAGAAUUGUUUUAAAUAUCUUUGACGGGAAAUACCAGGCCGUACUUGAAGCAACAUGAAAACAAAGUUUCUAGUGGCAAGAGAGUAAAGUUCUAGGAGUUUGUGUGCCAAGGUUUAUAUGUACACAGAUCCAACAUAUACUGUAAGAAAGACUUGAGUACACGUUAAAACUUUCUUGAGUUUUAAUACCCACCGGGUGUUAAAUGUGAACAAAUUGGAAGAAUGACUGGGAGUAUUGCUUUGCCUCAUUCGGCAAAGUAUCUUCUGGCAUUCGCCCACAGACCAACAUGGAUUCCCUUGGGAAGUUAUUUUUUGGGGGCCAGCUUCCUCUUCAGAUUAACCCUGGAGAGCACUAUCAAAUGUACCUUGUGGAGCUUGGGUGCCUGCCCCUUUUGUUAGAGGCCCAGGCCCCUUGGGUAUAAAUGGCUGGUCUCAGGCUCCCAGAGCAGAAGGGACUGGGGGAGAAUAAGGCCUGAGGACUCUCGUUCCCCAGAGAGCCCCAGCCUAGUUUCAGAUUCAUUACUCCCCGUGUCUGAAGUCUACUCUGUAGGUGAAGUGUAUCAGUUCAUUGACUUUUCUUGUUUCUGGAGUCCUUUAAAUCCACAAAUGUAUAUGCUUUAUUUUAUAUUAUUAUUUAUUAUGUACAUAUGCCUCUACUGUUAGUACAUCGUCUGUGAGUAAGACGAGAUCUGUUCUGGAGCCCCUCAUCCAUGGAGCCUAGGGUUCUGUUGUCUCCAAGUGGGUGAGAGGACAGUGGUUUUGCUGUUUUGUUUUAAGCAGGUUGCUGCUCUUAGGUUGGUCCUCGCAUCCCUGGCCCGUUAUUGGGCCCACCUCUGUUCCUGAUGACCAGUGUCUGGGAUGAGGAUGGAGGCAGGUCUCCUAUCUUGUGGCAGGGCCUCUCAAGUACCUCCGUGAAAUACUUUCGAGGUGGUUUCCUGGUGACUGGGUCCAUUCUGUGUAGUGGAACAGCAUGGCUGAGAGACCAGAGCCUCCUUCCUCACUCCUGCCCUCUCAAACCAGGUCAGUGGCCUGGCGCUACAACAGUGAUGGCCUCUUUAUUCCCACCUUGGAUCGCAGAAUCCAUCUCUCUGGGCCAUGGAGGCUGCCUGCCCAUCUGGGCUUCUAAUAUGCCUUUUCUUGGUUUUGAGGCCCAAUGCCAACAUUGCCUUGGCCUUCAAAUAAGACCCUGCUUUGUGUCUGAUUCUCAUCCUCCUCAGCCUUUAUUCACUGUAUCAUAGUGUACAUUUCAUGCUUUUCUGCAGUGAAGUUUUCUGAACACAGUAUUCAGAGCUGUGUACAUAAACCUAAAUAAGCACAAAUGACAUGUAUAGGUUUCAUGAGCUGAUUGUCAUAAUGAAUGCAUUUUAUAAUUCAAAUGAUGUUGUAGAUUUACAAUCUCUCCUAUUUAUUUUGUACCAAUUUAUUUGUAAAUUUUGUGAUUGUUUUAAACGGUUUUUGUUCAUUUCUAUUAUUCUAUUUAGAUAAAUGAUGAUUUUUCUGUUCA